UCUUGAAUCAAUACUACGCCGACGCGUUGACCGAGUUCUCACUUGACUUUCUCUUCAAAGCUCAAGACUGAACUGCUCCAUGUAUCCAGCCCAGGCUCAUGUCAUCAAGACAUUCAACAAGCUCAUCGAGCUCCUACCACCCCCAGAUCAGACCAAGGAACGACACAGACCGAGAGCUGAGCUUCCGGCAGGUCUGACCGAUUUCCAUGAAUCCAACUUCUACUACCUCUCAGGAUGCGCCGUUCCGUCGUCGUACCUCCUCCUGACCUUCCAGCACGGCACCUCGCUCGCAGAACGGCUCCUGGCGCAGCUCUUCAUCCCGAAGAUUGAGCUAGCCGACCUCAUGUGGUCCGUGCCGCCACCGACGGCGGAGGAGGCAUCCAAGCUUUACCAGGCAACUCCCGAGCAGAUGAAAGCCUAUCCGGGCGCGACCUUCCACGUCCUCCCCAAGGGCUCUCCGCUGUUCCCGAUCUUGCCGGCUCAAUACACCGCACUCAUUCUCCCGCCGCAUGCUCCCGCCACCGACGAAUACCUACUCCCUGCGCUGCACCGUGCACGGCUCACGAAGGACGCGGGUGAGAUCGAGGCGAUUCGGAAGGCGAACGCGAUCAGCUCUCGUGCGCAUGAAGUCGUCAUGCGUGUCCUCGGCCGGGGCGUGCGCGGAACUAUCACACGAGGCAAGGGUGCCGGCGCUGACAGGCCAUUGCUGCCCGGGGAGUGGCUGAUCGAGAAAGAGGCCGAAGCGGAGGCACUCUUCGUCGCCUCUUGUCGGAGAGAAGGCUCUGUUCAUCAGGCAUACCUCCCCAUCGUCGCGGCAUCAACGCGCGCGUCCACUCUACACUACUGCUGCAAUGAUCGCGAGUUUGCCUGGGGGCCCGUUGGCGCGCACGACCACCAGAACGGCGACCAUCUCGCUCACGGCGCAGAUCGGCAGCUGAAUCCUCAGGUACUCCUAAUCGACGCCGGGUGCGAAUGGGAUUGCCAUGCGUCUGACAUCACCCGCACAAUGCCCGUCGGGAACGGCGGCAAGUUCACGCCCGAGGCGCGCGCGAUCUACGAGCUCGUCCUCGAGAUGCAACGGCUCUCCAUGGAGGCGCUCAAGCCGGGCAUCCACUGGGACGCCAUCCAGCUGCUCUGCCACCGCACGCUCGUGCAGGGCUUCCAGCGGCUCGGGAUCUUCAAGACGCCCAACUCGCCCGGCUCCGGCUCGUGGAACGCGGAGGAGGCGAUCCUCGUGAGCGGCGUGAGCACGGCGUUCUUCCCGCACGGCGUUGGGCACUCGCUCGGGCUCGAUGUGCACGACGUGCCGAGUGCGAGCAAGCCCGAGCGGAACGACACGAUUGGCAAGGGCGUGGAGCUAGGUCACGAGUCGUUCUAUGCGUACCUGCGGCUGAGGCUGCACCUCGAGGAGGGCAUGGUGGUGACGGUCGAGCCGGGCAUCUACUUCUCGCCUCAUCUCCUCGCCCCUGUGCGCGACUCGAAGCAUAUCGACCAUGAGGUCCUGAAGCGAUACGAGGCCGUGGGCGGCGUCCGGAUCGAAGACGUCGUGGUCGUCACCCAAGAUGGCUACGAGAAUCUGACAACCGUGCGGAGCGACACGGACUGGGUCGAAGGUGUGUGCUCUGGUGCGCUGUAAACAUUAAAUGUUCUUGUAUUGUAGGAGCAGAUGUGUAGCAAAGGCAACCUGCACACGUUUGUAUAAUCAUUUGGGUUCGCUGACAGGGUGUAUGCGCAUGCAUUAUGGGUUGCCAUCCCACCUCCU